CCGUAGCUCGUUUAGAAGUCAAUAUGGCGCUUCUUGCUGAGGGUCCCACGUGCUGUUUCCGGCUGGGCUCGGCAACCAGAGUGCCAGUCGCAGCUGGAUGCAAGUUUUUCUAGAAUUACUACGCGAGGAGCCAACCUACAGCCAACAUGUCCAGCAGACACAACAACAAGCUGCCCAGCAACUUGCCGCAGUUACAGAAUCUGAUUAAGCGGGACCCGCCGGCCUACAUCGAAGAGUUUCUCCAGCAGUAUAAUCACUACCAAUCCAAUGUGGAGAUUUUCAAGUUACAACCAAAUAAACCCAGCAAAGAACUGGCAGAGCUAGUGAUGUUUAUGGCACAGAUUGGUCACUGCUAUCCAGAACAUCUAAGUAACUUUCCUCAAGAGCUCAAAGAUCUUCUCUCCUAUAAUCACACAGUCUUAGAUUCAGAUCUUCGAAUGACAUUUUGCAAAGCUUUGAUCUUGCUGAGAAAUAAGAAUCUCAUCAGUCCAUCAAGUCUGCUGGAACUCUUCUUUGAACUUCUGCGUUGCCAUGAUAAGCUUCUGCGAAAGACUUUAUACACACAUAUUGUGGCUGAUAUUAAGAAUAUAAAUUCAAAACACAAGAACAAUAAAGUGAACAUAGUACUACAGAAUUUCAUGUACACUAUGCUGAGAGAUAGCAAUGCAACUGCAGCCAAGAUGUCUUUGGAUGUGAUGAUUGAGCUCUACAGAAGGAACAUCUGGAAUGAUGCCAAAACCGUCAAUGUUAUCACGACGGCGUGCUUCUCUAAGGUCACCAAGAUAUUGGUUGCUGCUCUUACAUUUUUCCUUGGGAAAGAUGAAGAUGAGAAAAAAGAUAGCGACUCAGAAUCUGAGGAGGAAGGACCCACAGCAAGAGACCUGCUCGUGCAAUAUGCUACAGGGAAGAAAAGUGCCAAAAAUAAGAAGAAGUUGGAAAAGGCAAUGAAAGUGCUCAAGAAACAAAAAAAGAAGAAAAAGCCAGAGGUGUUUAACUUUUCAGCAAUUCACUUGAUCCAUGACCCCCAAGAUUUUGCAGAAAAACUACUCAGGCAGCUAGAGAACUCUAAGGAGAGGUUUGAAGUGAAGAUGAUGCUUAUGAACCUCAUCUCCAGAUUGGUGGGAAUCCAUGAGCUUUUUCUCUUCAAUUUCUACCCCUUUCUCCAAAGGUUUCUGCAGCCCCACCAGAGAGAAGUAACAAAGAUCCUCCUGUUUGCUGCACAAGCAUCUCAUCAUCUUGUACCUCCAGAGAUCAUUCAGUCAUUGCUUAUGACUGUGGCAAACAAUUUUGUUACUGACAAGAACUCUGGGGAGGUCAUGACAGUAGGUAUCAAUGCUAUAAAGGAGAUAACAGCUCGGUGUCCUCUAGCCAUGACUGAGGAGCUUCUCCAAGACCUGGCUCAAUAUAAGACCCACAAAGAUAAGAAUGUAAUGAUGUCUGCUAGAACUUUGAUCCAGCUCUUCCGGACGCUGAAUCCUCAGAUGUUACAGAAAAAAUUCCGGGGCAAACCUACAGAAGCUUCUGUAGAAGCAAGAGUACAAGAAUAUGGUGAAUUAGAUGCUAAAGAUUACAUUCCAGGAGCAGAGGUUCUGGAAAUUGAGAAAGAAGAGGAUGCUGAAAAUGAUGAAGAUGGGUGGGAAAGUACCAGUCUCAGUGAAGAGGAGGAAGCUGAUGGUGAAUGGGUUGAUGUGCACCACUCUUCCGACGAAGAGCAGCAGCAAGAGAUUUCCCAGAAACUAAGCAGCAUGGACACGGAGGAGCGGAAGGCCAAGGCUGCAGCUGUCAGCACCAGUCGAGUCUUGACUCAAGAGGACUUCCAGAAAAUCCGCAUGGCCCAAAUGAGGAAAGAGCUCGCUGCCGCCCCAGGGAAAGCCCAAAAGAGGAAAUACAUUGAAAUAGACAGUGACGAGGAGCCCAGGGGUGAAUUACUGUCUCUUCGAGACAUUGAACGUCUUCAUAAAAAACCUAAGUCUGACAAGGAGACACGACUAGCAACUGCAAUGGCUGGAAAGACAGACCGAAAGGAAUUUGUGAGAAAGAAAACCAAAAUGAAUCCAUUUUCCAGUUCCACAAAUAAAGAAAAGAAAAAACAGAAGAACUUUAUGAUGAUGCGAUACAGCCAGAAUGUUCGGUCCAAAACCAAACGGUCCUUCCGAGAAAAGCAGCUAGCACUACGAGAUGCACUUUUGAAAAAGAGGAAAAGAAUGAAGUAAAUUCCAAGCAAGUUUUCCAUUCCAAGGAGAACGCUAAAUUUGUGCAGUUAUUCUGAAACGUAGUAAAUGUAGUAUAUUUAUUUAUGUUAAAAAGCCCCCAAAGUACUAUAUUGUGUAGCAGUUGGUGUUUUUAAUUUGGGAUGGGUAAGAUGAGAAUGUUUGAAAUGUAACUAGUGGUAUAAAAUGAUUGUAACAUUCAUGCGUUUUAACAUUGAGUGCCUAUUAAUUGUCACUGUACAUAUAAAAUUGAAUGAGCCAUAGCUCCUUCACUCCAGGUGUUUGGAGGGGCAAAGUGUGUAUAUAUGUGUGUGUUCACAGGGCAGUGUAAAUAGUUCUCCGGUGGAAGUAGGUCCGCCUGGAAUGUGUGUGGGAGCACUGAGGCCUUACAGACUAACUCUACCAAGAUGUGAGUUAGCCAUUCUCUAAAUACAGGACCAUGUUACAAGAGUAAGAGAUUCUUACUUGUAAAUAGGCUUACCUGCUGAAAACAGGUCCCCGCUGUACAGAUUUUACACAGAUAAUUUAGCUGUGUUAAUCAAGUUAUUUCAGUAUUUUUUUCAAUGCUAUAUAAAUGCUUUUUGGGUAAGACUUUACUUUUAAAAUUGCCUUAAGUAUAAGUAGUAAUUUUGAAACUUCUUUAUGUUUAUCAUUGAGCUGCCUACUUUUUAUAUUGGUUUCCUCAGCCUCACAUUGUUUUGCUUUGUCCUCAAUAAAAGAUCUCUGAAGUCCAA